AUGGCUGCCAACGAAGCAGCCGUCCCUGCGAACAUGGGCGGCCGGUCCGACCGACGCUCUCCCCCUCCCGCUUCUCAAUCAAAACGAGACCGCAAGAGACAUGCUCUUAUAGAGCGACUCUCUAGUAUGACCGACAAGUUUCACAGAGAACGGGACAUGACCUAUCGUGAUCAGCUACAGAAGAUCCAAUUCGACAUCAAUCUCGUCCAGCGCUUCGACCCGUACGAUCCAAAGGUCCUCGAGGUCAUCUCUGAGCUCCAAAGGGAACAUACCAACACCCAAGGCCCUCCGGUUAACGCUGAAGAUGCCCGAAGCCUUCUCGACAUGGCUGGUAUCCGAUUCUCUGACUUCGUUGGCGAGGUCGAGGAUCUGGUUGAAAUUCGCGACUUUCAACUGUCGCAGUCCAAGAACGAAUACGAAAGACGACUCCAAGAGUACAAAAACACCUUUGCUUACAAAGUCGAGACCGCGAGGCGCGAGCACCGAGCAUUGACGAGCACCCUCCGCGAUCGGUUGAUCAACACCCUUACCCACAAGAAGAACCGACUGAACCGGGAGAAAGAGGUGUUAGAGAUUAACGACUCCAACGCCCUGCUACUCAACCCGAACCAGUUCAGUCUGACCAACCCUGCGAGCCCCGGCGGCCCUCAUGGCAAGCGUGCCACCCGUCUGCGUAAGGACGCCGACGAUAUGCAGAUGUACUCUGAGAACAAGAAGCGAAAGCGCAACGCUGGCGAUGACGAUGGAUCGCCUGCUCCGACACGACGUGCCCUCGACAACCAUAACACAACGCCCCUGUGGCAGUCUGAGAAGGCGCGCGUCGCUGCUAAGCAGAACGGUCCCAUGUACAGCAUUGACAAGCUGUUCACUGACAAGGAGCUGUCGCUUAACUACAACAGUGCUGCCCUUGCUGCGCACCAGUACAUUCUUCGCAAUCGUGUGAACGGUGGUGGGCUGUCUCCCGAGGAUAGUGAUUCCGGUAACGGUGAUGCCAACGGCGAUCAUGACGCCGAUUCUCAGCCCUCUGCCCCGGCCAUGGAACGUUCCGUCUCGCAUGCUACCCGCAGCACUCGUGGUGGCGCAAACCAAAACUUUAUCGACGACAAGAUUCUGGGCCUUGAAGGUAUUACCAACUUCGAAGUGAACAACCUGGAUAUCCUCCACUCCCAGGAGCCACCCAAGAUGCCUCCUCCCGUGCCUCAGCAGUACCUCAAGCCCUACCCUCGCACUGCCGACCAGAACUUCCCCGUGCCCCUGUCCAACGACGAUAUCUUGUCUGAUCUCUCCGUUAUGGGUUAUUUUAAGCAAUAUGAUGCUGCCCACAAACCUGGAGCUCACCUCGACAACCCGGCUGGCAUGCGCAAGGUCCUUGCUGCCGUCGCCGCACCUUACCAGACUUCGCGAUACGUUGCUUUCACCAGUGCUCCCCGAGAGGACCCAGAGAACAUCCGCGACUCACUGGGCCUGCCCGCUCUCAGCAACCUCCGAGACCAGCCAAGCCCCGCGCAUGCCGGUGCAAACAAUGCAGCGGCAGGCUUGUCAAAUGCCGCAGUGCCCAUGAGCCGUCAGAGCAGUGCCGGCGGUGUCGCCAUGAGCCGCCAGGGAAGCAGCAGCACUCGCGGCAAGGGACGCAAGAAUUAA